UGACCGAACUGCACAAAUCCACUCUGAGGGUCUGAGUUUCUUCAUUUGUUUGAGUUUAAGACUGAGGUUAACAUGGCUAAGAUAGCAGCACUGAUAGCAGUUCUGGCUUUUGCCCUCAUGAGUUUUGAAGGGGUCUAUGGUGGGAUCCAGCCUGGAACCUGUAGGCUUGUGUGUGACCCUUUCCAGAGUGGCACACAUGACCUGGGGGCCAAUGGCCUGGUCAUUCCCCUCGCCUCCUCUGGAGGGGGUGCCCCAGGUCCGGCAGGGCCCCCAGGGAAAGCAGGACCUCCGGGCCCACCGGGCCCUAAAGGAGAGGGCUCCAUAUCGCGGGGUGGAGUGGCUUUCUAUGCAACCUUGAAGGAAGACUUCAGCAAAGAUGAAGUGCUGAAGUUCAGUAACGUGAUAACAAACCUGGGCGGCCGCUACGACUCCUCGACUGGCACUUUCACGUGCCGAUCGGCUGGUGUGUACCACUUCAGCUACCACCUAGUGAAGACGGGAGUCAGCCUCAGGGCUGACCUGGUGCUCAAUGACAGGGUCGUGGCUGGUGCAGUAGCUGUGGAUGCGCUCCACACCGACACAGCCAGUAACAGUGCAGUGCUGCAGCUGAGGGCUGGAGACCGUGUGUAUGUGCGCCUUAACAAGAGCGACAGCACCCUCAAAGACACACAGAACCUCUUCAGCACCUUCUCCGGCUACCUGCUGUACGAGCUCUGAACCCACCCAGUCACCCAAACACCGCUAGGCCACAAUACACCUGUUAUAUAUACAUAACAGUGUGUAUUGUAUGAAAGUUUCCUGAUAGCUCGUCCAGCCAAAGGUCUGUCGCUGAACUGCGAGGCCACUCCUUGCCUGUGCUGCAUUGUCCCUGCUUUUGUGUGAGAAACCUGUUUGUGCCGCUUUGUAUUCAGGCUGUGAGUCUGUCAUUGAAUAAAAAGGAAAGCUCUGUUACCAA